AUAUACUACUAUUAAACACUCGUUACUAGCUUAUACUAAUAAAAUUCAAUUAUUCUCUUCAACUACCUAUAAUAUUUAAUAGCCUCCCAAAGUUGUGACUAAUGCUACUACAUAAUUCCAACUAUACAUUAAACACACUAGUUACUCAUAUUAAUAAUCUAUAGUAUAGUAUAGUAUGUAAUAAAAUUCAGUAAGACAAACACAUGUAUAGGGUGUGCAAAUUGUAUAGCAUAGGUACAGAAAAAGGAAAGCCUAUUUUUGCCUUACAUAUUAUAGACCUCACAGAACUCUGAUCAUAUAUUAAAGCCAAACCAUUGUUAUUAAUUAUCAUGACUUUAAAGCUUCGAGAACUGUGAUAAGAAGAUAUAUUGUGUGUUCUUUCUUACUUUCUUAUAUUCUUAUAUAUAUACAAUAUCAUAUGCUUCCUUAGUUUUUUCCCUAAACACAAGGAAGAAAACACAGGUUAUCAGGCUUUGUUGUUCAGCCUUUUUGUUUCCUUCAUUCCUAUUUUCAUAUUUUUUCCUGUUCAGUUGGAGCAUAAUUUCAGGAUCUUGUUCUUUCUUUCUCCUUGCUACAAUCCGUCUUCUUACAAAACAACUCUGCUCUUAUCUUUGUUUUAUUUUUUCACUAAGAGAGAAAUAUGCUUAUAUCAUAACAACUACUUGAAUUGAAUUACAGCCAAGAAUCUCUAACUAGUUCUUCAAUAUUAACAAUCCUAUUUUUCACUCAAUAACAUCAUAAUGAAGUGUAUCAUUAGUAGUGUUAUUUUUGUUAUGUUCAUUCUCUCUAUGAAUGAAAAAUGCUAUGGACAAGAAGAAGAUGCUACUGUUGUUUCUCCAAUGGAGAAAGCAGAACAAGAAGCUCUGUAUUCAACCAUUCAAGGCUUUGUUGGUAAUUCAUGGAAUGGCUCAGAUCUCUAUCCAGAUCCUUGUGGUUCAACUUCUAUUGAGGGAGUUUCUUGUGAUAUCUUCAAUGGACUUUGGUAUGUAACAGUAAUCAACAUUGGACCUAUUCAUGAAAAUUCUCUGCCUUGUGCUAAUGAAAAAUUGGAAUUUAAACCAGAACUAUUUCAGCUCAAGCAUCUUAAAGCUAUAUCAUUCUUCAACUGUUUUCAAUCACCAAAUAAGCUUCCGGUUUCAAUUCCUACUGGAAAUUGGGAGAAACUUGCUGAAAGUUUAGAAUCAAUAGAGUUUAGAUCAAAUCCAGGUCUCAUUGGUAACAUUCCUUCAACUUUUGGUGUACUCAAGAAUCUUCAAUCAUUAGUUUUGCUAGAAAAUGGUUUAACAGGUAACAUACCACAAGAAAUUGGAAAUCUUGUAAAAUUGAAGAGACUUGUUCUUAGUGGAAACAAUUUUAGUGGUAAUAUUCCAGAUAUAUUUGGAGGGUUAAGUGAUUUAUUAAUCCUUGAUUUAAGCAGAAAUUCAUUAUCUGGAACAUUGCCUGUGACACUUGGAAGGUUAAUUUCAGUAUUGAAGCUUGAUUUAAGUCACAAUUUCUUGGAAGGGAAGUUACUUAAUGAAUUUGGUAAUCUUAAGAAUUUGACACUAAUGGACUUAAGGAACAAUAGAUUAUGUUGUGGAUUGGUUUUAUCUUUACAAGAGAUGAAUUCAUUGGAAGAAAUGGUUUUAUCAAAUAACCCAUUAGGUGGUGAUAUAAGAACCUUAAAGUGGGAGAAUCUUCAAAAUUUGGUGAUAUUGGAACUCUCUAACAUGGAAUUGAUAGGUGAAAUUCCUGAGUCUUUAUCACAAUUAAAGAAAUUGAGAUUUUUGGGACUUAGUGAUAACAACAUUACAGGUAACUUAUCACCAAAGCUAGAAACACUUCCUUCUCUCAAUGCACUUUACUUAAGUGGAAAUAAUCUUAAAGGUGAGAUUCAAUUUUCAAAAGGGUUUUUUGGUAAAUUGGGAAGACGUUUUGGGGCUUGGAGUAAUCCUAAACUUUGCUAUCCAUUUGAAUUAAUGUCAACAAACAAUGUUCCUUAUGGAGUAAAACCAUGUCACCAAGAGGAGAUUCAUUUGGUAAAAUCAAAUGCUAAAACUGAAGUGAUCAAUGGUGAUAUCAACCAUAAUUCCAAUUUCAUAACCUCUAUGGGAUUUUCUAGCUGUGCUACUAGUUGUUUCUGGUGGAUUUUUAUGAUUUUGGGUCUAGUACUUAGUUUUUUAAUUUGAUUAUGAAAAGUGUAACUUGGGCUUUUAAUUAACCUUUUAGGUGUUACAUUACAACAAGUAGUAUGUGUUUUAUAUUUUGUUCUAACAUAAUCUAAUAGUCUUGUCAAUUUGUUAAUUAUCUGUAAAAUAUUAUUUCCAAUUUCAUGCAUGAUUUUUUCA